AUGCCUACUUCCAGCGAUGGAGCUCCUGCUUUAGCAUCCCCUGCUCCGUCUCACAAAGCAGACAAAUCACCGCUACCGGUCGAGCAUAAAGAGUAUGGGGAACUCGAGUUUGAAGGUGCUGAUGGCCCUGCCAUUGAUCCGCAUCGUUUAGCGAAGACUAUCAGGAAGAUGGAUAUUGUCGUUCUACCUAUCAUGACCGUUAUUCUCGCAUUCUGCUUCAUUGACCGAACGAACAUGGGCCUCGCCAUGGUAGUUGGCAUGGGUUCCGAGUUACGGUUUGACAGCUACGGCUAUUCAACUGCUCUCCUUGUCUUCUUCCCCGGGUACGCUCUAUUCGUACUUCCAAGCAACUAUAUUCUUUCGAAGACUUCAGUCCGGUAUUGGCUUACGUUGCUUUCGCUCGCUUUUGGUAUCCUUACACUGGCGGCAGGCUUGGUCCGUAAUUUUGGUGGCCUCGUCGCUGUACGUGCCUUGCUUGGCAUUUGUGAAGCUGGAGUCUUUCCUACGAUCAUCGUAGUUGCUAGCUCCUGGUACCCUCGUUAUUACUUUGGGAAGCGAAUGACCGCGAUCUCAUCCGAGGCCUCACUGAUAUCUGCCCUUUCUGGAGUUCUGGCUUGGGCAUUUUCGCGUAUCAGCACUCCAAACUACUCCGGGUGGCGUUACAUCUUCAUACUUGAAGGGGCGAUAACAGUUCUUGCGGCGUUCUGCGCGUUCUUUGCAAUUGACGAAUACCCUAGCAAAUCUAGAUUCCUUUCAGAGGAGCAGCGCGAUAUCGCGGUGCGAUUAAUUGCCCAGGAUCGAGAAGAACGCGAAGAAGAAGAAUUUACCUUCUCACUGGGCCUCAGAAUACUUCGCGAUUGGAAGAUCUGGGUCUUUGGAAUACUCUACAUGCUGAAUGUUGCCACUACCUAUGGCCUGGCAUACUUCAUACCAUUGAUUUUGAAUGGCAAAAUGGGCUUCAGCGGCGCUAUCAGCCAACUUUUGUCGACACCACCAUAUUUUUACGGUUUCAUUCUCGCAGUCGCCGUGUCGUCUAUAUCUGAUCGCUACCACAUCAGAUCACCCUUCAUCAUCUUCCUACACCUCAACGUGAUUCUUGGUAUUACGCUGACGCGCUGGGGGCCUAAUACCGCUUCCCAGUAUCUGGGCUUGUUCUUUUGCCUUGGCGCUUCGGUUGUCAGUGGGCCGAUGAUCGUCGUUUACGGGCAGAACAACGCGCCUACUCGAGCCAAGCGAAGUGUGAGCUCUGGUGUGCAGCUAUCCUUAGGCGCCGUUGGAGGGAUUAUUGGAUCUACAGUAUUCCGUUCACAAGACUCACCGACAUAUACGCCGGGUACAAUCGUGGUCCUUUGUAGCUCUGCAACGGUAAUCUUGAUUUGUUGUCUGCUCAACCUGUAUUUCCGGCGACUCAACCGGCUUCAGAGAGAGACAAAUUUGGUGUUGGAAGCCAACAAAGGGGGCCGAAUUUUAGUCAUUUUGUUUAUCAUUGUUCCGCACUACUCCGGUAAACUGUCUCACCACGCUGGACGCUUAGUAGCCGCAGAGGCCAGCCCGCAUGUCCAGAUGAAAAAUUCCACAACAGAAAAUUUG